GGCAGAAAAGAAGCUCAUCCAAGAUACAGUAAUGGAGGAACUCGCAGGGACUAGCACGGGCCAGCAAGAAACCGAAGCCGCGGAACAAGAGAAGGUCAAUGGGAAGCCAAGGGAGGACGAACCGGUAGACAAGGCUACGGCCGCAAAAAAGAAGUUCAGGUAUCAAAUUUCGAUCCUGACUUCGCCAGAAAUCGAUGGCACCUUGAGUAAGCUACUGGGUACCAUGGUAUCGGUGUCUUUUCAGACCAUGCUGCAAGCCAGCCGAAGGCUGCUUAAAGGACUCAGGCAGUUGCUAACGCGUAAGCGCGUGGAGGUAGAGGAGGCCCCGGAACUGCAAGAGCAGGACACAGAGGAGGCCGAGGCGCCGCAAGGAGUCUCCAACCUCCAAAGCAUUCCAGGGGGCUUGGGAGAGUUGGAGAAAGCCUUUGCGGACAUCCGCCUAAGCCUACCGGAUCGUGAAGGUGGCGAAGUCAUGAGGGCGCCACUCGGGACAAAGCUUAGCUUUCAUGCAUUACCACUUGGGAAACUUAAAAUUCAAAUCGGAACUCACCACACUGACGCGUUAGUGGACGGCAGAGCAGAAAUCACCCUUAUACGACGGGAUUUGGCAACGGUCACGGGGUGCACGGUAAACAAGGAAGUAGGAGGGAGUAUCAGGGGAGCCGGUGGAGAAAUCCCCUUCACUGGGUAUGUCACCAAAUGCGCAGUCAGGGUGGGAAUCCGGGAAUCCAUCUGGUCCUUUCAGCAGAUGACCGUGAUAAAAGAAAUGGAUCACGACGUAAUCCUUGAGAGACCGUGGUGCGCCAAUGUGGAAAUGAUAGGAAUGCAUCUGCACGACGGCACAUACAUGGUAGACAUAGAGGACCCGGUGACCGACCGCGGGGAACUCCUCCGACUUCUUGGGACCGGAGGAGACCCUCCGAAGGGCAAAUUGGCGACAUGGUCUCCAACAUUCGAAGAAAGUGCACGGAAGGGGGCUUUCCCACGAAUGGAAGGCAUGAGGGAAAGGGUAGAAAUUAUGAUUGAGGAGGCUUUUAGUAAAAAGGAGUGGAUCAAGAUGGGCUUGCCCGUAAAGAAGAGGAGGCCAGAGGACGAGUCCCUGAAAGUUAUGGUGGCAGAAAAAGGGUCGGAAGUCGAACUUGGGGCCAACCUGCCCAAACCAAAGGAAGCCCGGAAUGAAACGUCGGAGGUAGUGCUUGAAAUCCCAGAUUUAUUACAACUCGUCAAGACCAUCAGGUACCACAAAGUGCGGGUGGACUUCGCAGCGCUUGCGAGAUUUGAGGAUGGGGUUCGAAAGGGCUACUGUUUCGCAAAGAUAGCAGAACCCAUCCGCGUGAUGAUUAGGAAAGGUAGCACUAUGGAUUGGACAGAGGAUAGGGAAGAGGCAGCCCAGACCCUGAAAGACAUCCUGUCGUCCGAUCAUGUCACGUUAGCAGCACCCUGUUUCAAUGACGAGGUAAAACGACCCUUCAUAUUAGAAACAGAUGGGGGACCAUUGGCAGUGGGAGGAGUUUUGAUACAGAGAAGCGAGGAGGGCAAAGAAAGACCAAUCAGAUUUGAAAGUAGGACCAUGAAUUCAGCAGAACGACGGUAUUCGCAGUUCAAGAAGGAGGUCUUAGCAAUCCUACAUUGUCUUAAGACCUUCAAGGCAUACCUGUUCGGGAGGCGAUUUAUCCUAAGGAUCGAUCCCACCAACGUUGUCGGAGCCCUAAAGAACUACAAGCCCAUAGACCCGACUGUCGGCAGAUGGAUAGGCUUCAUAUGGCAAUUCGACUAUAAGGUCGAGCGAAUUGCAGGGCUUCGAAAUAGGGCAGAUGGGUUGAGCAGGGUUUGUAUCACACCAGAAGGAGUAGAGGACGCAGAACCAAUUGACGCCUUCCUGGAGUACGAAGGAGGGACCCUCGUCAUGGAUAAUGAGAUGGCAAAUCCGACAAUUACAACAGGACAAUUGCUGAUUCAGACCUUGGAAAAGGGCGCACCUGCAGUGGUUGCAGAACUCAGGGAAAGACCAGUCACCACGGUCAGGCGCAAAGAGGAAAAGGACUCGUGGGGAGCAGAAGUAGGGGCCAGAGAGGAACUGAUGGCCAUGACCGUGGAGGGGGGACGGGACGCCGUGAUGACGUUAGCCGAAGCCUGGGCGCAGAAGGAGUAUCAGUAUCUAGUCAACCUCACUCGGGAGGAGCAAGGUACGAAUUAUAAGGAACAGGAGUUCUUCCUCAUACAGAUGUACGAGAGCGUCUUCAAAAAAAUCGGUCUGCUACUUGUAGGGAACAAACAACCCACGGAAGUCAGUCCCAAGGCAAGGGAGGAAGUCGAAAAGUAUGUCCUAAGAAAUGACCACCUGUUCAAGAAAGAGGAAGGGAUGAUACCUAGGCGUGUCGUUUGUGGGAGGUCUAGGCAGCUGGACGUAAUCCAGGCAAUGCAUGACGGGCUAGCUGAAGGUCAUCGGUCGUCCAAGGGGACACUUGCAAAGAUCGUGCCCUUGUACUUUUGGCCAGGGAUGGCAGGCAUGGUCGCAACGUAUUAUCAAACGUGUCUGAUAUGUCAAGAAAGGAGCGUCGUACGAGUUUACGAGCCCCUUCGACCCACCUGGGUACUGGGACCCGGACACCUUGUUUACCUCGACCUUGCCGUUAUGCCUGUAUCAACGGAUGGGUUUAGAUACAUCUUGGAUGCAAGGGAUAAUCUCAGUGGCUAUGUGGAAGCCAUAGCCCUCAAGAAGAAGACGGGGAAAGCGGUGGCCGACUGGGUGGAAGAUUUCUACCUAAGGCACCCCUUCGUGCGCAGGUUUAUAGCAGACAAUGGGACAAAAUUCGUUAACCAGAAAGUGUUGAACAGGCUUAAGACACUGUGUGUACCGAUCAAGAUCACCGAGCUCUACCAUCCUGAGGCAAAUGCACCAGUAGAAAGGGGUCACCGGACUUUGAAGAACACAAUCGCAAAGUUGGCAGCAAAUAAUUUGGGAAGUUGGUCACGGUUUCUCAAGCAGGCAGUCUUCGCCGAGAACAUGACUCCAAAAAGAACAACGGGAUGUAUUCCAGCAGAACUCUGGUAUGGAAGGGAGAUCGAUUUUCCGAUAGAAGCUUUGGUCCCUACCUGGAACAGGUUAGAUAACGAUCCACACUUGAGCACGGAAGAGUUAAUCACCGCACGUUGUCAGCAGGUCGCCAGGAAUGAGGAGGCACUCGAGGAAGUAGCCAAUCGUAUGACGGAUAACCGAAUGAGGGAUAAAGCAAGAUGGGACCAGGUUAAGAACAUUCGGAAGGAGCCACUCCAGGGCCAGACGAGGAGAAAACAGCAAGAAAACAGCAAGAUGGAGUACAGAAAUGAGAAUGACAGCAAUGCCAUCAAUAGGCCGGAAGAGGGACAGUCGUCUAGGCAAGCUGGAGAGUCAAGCUCCAGGAAAAGGAAGUUGUAUGUGGGGUUCGAUCACAACCUAGUUGUGAACAGAGGAGGCAAGAAACAAGGGACCAAAGGGCCGUCACCACUAAAGGAAGGGGAGCCAAUAGAGCUGCCUUCAGACAGUGAUCCUAGUAGUAAGGAAGAGGGGAACCCAGAGGAAGGACAAUGGCCGGGAGAGAAUGAGCCCGUGGAGUUCAUUGACCUCACCCGUGACGAGGAGGAAAAUGAGGUAACAACGCUCACAAGGGAAGAUCGGGGAAGAGAGGAGGACCUAGGGGAAGAAAAGGACCCAUGGAAAAGAGAAUUCGGGCCAACUUUCAGCGAUUGGUUCGAUCAAUGGGCCAGUAUUUUGCGUUGUCAGUGGGCAAUGAAAGGCCAGGAAAAGUUGAGCAGGGGAGAAGACAUAUCCCCAACAACCUUCUUUUCAGAAGAAACGCUUCGCCAUCUAAAAACGAUAAAGAGGCUAAUGGAGCAAGAGAUGGAGGUCUGUGCAAAGAGCGAGGCUCGAUGCCGGGCGCCGGGACAGUAAAAAGGGACAGCAGGCAUGAUGGGAAUAGCUGGGAAUCGGGGAAGAGUUCGUAACCGGGCAGCAAAGAACGGCCAUCUUUCCUUUUUGCGCAUUUGAACUUCUUUGGAAUGAACUGUGAUGAGACAG